CCGUAUGUGGGGAAGGCAUCCACUGAGCGCGGCCAUAUUGGCUCGUUCCUGGCCCUGCAGUUUUCGCCGUCUUGAAAGUAUCCACGGGAGCCCAGAAGAGUCAAUUCGCGGACUCUCCCUCCCCUCCCCCCGAGAUGAACCAUGGCGCCCACCCCGCACUAUGCCCCAGCCCCACCGCAGGAGCCCGCCAGCCCCCCGGAACCCCCCGUCAAGCUGCAGCGGGAGAUCUCGCUGCUCAGCGGCAUCUGCCUCAUCGUGGGCAACAUGAUCGGGUCGGGCAUCUUCGUCUCGCCCAAGGGGGUGCUACUGCACAGCGCCUCCUACGGGCUGGCGCUGGCCGUGUGGGCCGUGGGCGGCCUCUUCUCCGUCUUCGGGGCGCUGUGCUACGCCGAGCUGGGCACCACCGUCACCAAGUCGGGGGCCAGCUACGCCUACAUCCUGGAGGCCUUCGGGGGGCUGGCGGCCUUCGUCCGCCUCUGGGCCUCCCUCCUCAUCAUCGAGCCCACCAGCCAGGCCGUCAUCGCCCUCACCUUCGCCAGCUACAUGGUGCAGCCCGUCUUCCCCAGCUGCCCGGGGCCCUACGCCGCCCACCGCCUGCUGGCCGCCGUCUGCAUCUGUCUCCUGACAUUCGUUAAUUGCGCCUACGUGAAAUGGGGGACGCGGGUGCAGGACAUCUCCACCUACGCCAAGCUGCUGGCGCUGCUGGCCGUGAUCGUCGCCGGCGUCGUGCGCCUGGCGCAGGGACACUCCGAGCACUUCGCUGACCCCUUCGCGGGCUCCUCACUGGCCGUAGGGGACCUGGCCCUGGCCCUCUACUCAGCCCUCUUCUCCUACUCGGGCUGGGACACCCUCAACUUCGUCACUGAGGAGAUCAAGGACCCCGAGAGGUGGGUGCUGCUCCCUGAGGGCCGGGCCUGCCCCACAGAUCUGGCCCCGCUGAGCUGGGACCGGUCCCACCCCUGCAGCUUGCCCCAUAGAUCUGCCCCCGCUGAGCUGGAACCUGCCGCUGGCCAUCGGGGUCUCCAUGCCGGUGGUGACGGCCAUUUACCUGCUGACCAACGUGGCCUAUUACACGGUGCUGGCGCCCGGCGAGCUGCUGGCCAGCGACGCCGUGGCCGUGAGCUUCGCCGACCGCAUCUUCGGCGUCUUCAACUGGACCAUCCCCCUGGCCGUGGCCCUGUCCUGCUUCGGGGGACUGAACGCCUCCAUCCUCGCCGCCUCCAGGCUGUUUUUCGUGGGCUCGCGGGAGGGGCACCUGCCCGACGCCCUCUGCAUGAUCCACGUGGAGCGAUUCACCCCCGUGCCAGCCCUGCUCUUCAAUGGGGCCAUGGCUCUGGUCUAUCUCUGCGUGGAGGACAUCUUCCAGCUCAUCAACUACUACAGCUUCAGCUACUGGUUCUUUGUGGGCCUGUCCAUCGCCGGGCAGCUCUACCUGCGCUGGAAGGAGCCCGACAGGCCCCGCCCACUCAAGUUGAGCAUCGUCUUCCCGCUGUUUUUCUGCCUGUGCACCGUGUUCCUGGUGGCCGUCCCGCUCUACACCGACCCCCUCAACUCGCUCAUCGGCAUCGGCAUCGCGCUCUCAGGGCUGCCCGUCUACUUCCUGCUGGUGCGGAGCCCGGACACCCGCCGGCCCCGCUGGCUGCGGGCGGCCGUGGCCGGCGUCUCCCGCCACAUCCAGCUGCUGUGCCGGGCCGUGGUGACGGAGCUGGACCCUGACGACAGUCGCCCCAAAUCCCAGUGACGGAGCCAGUGGGGAAGGGGCACCUUCCCUCCCCCACAGACCCACUCCUCCUCUUUAAUUUAUUGGCCCCCUCGGCCCAGUGUCGGGGCACCACCAGCCCCCCCCUUGCCCCGGAGGCAGCUGCUACCAAUAAACCAGCAUCACUCCAGUCA